AUGUCUACCAUUGAAGAACAACUUCUGGCUUUACAACAGCAAUUUGCUACACUUCAAGCCCAGCUUCAAGCGGCCUCCAUGCCUAAUCCUGUGCAGUCAGCGGAAGACACUGCCAUGCCUACUCCUAUGCAGUCAGAGGAAAGUACUGCUAUCCCACCUCUCCAUUCGUUUGGUACUAGGCCCCAUUACGAAUGGUCUCCCUCCGAUGCCCUUACGGACCUAAUGGAAUUGGAUACUCCCCUUCAUCAUUCUAAGCCUUUGCCUGAUUCUGAACGCAGGGCUAUCAUUGAGUCUUAUCCCCCUAUGGCUCAUUUAGACUAUCGAGCUCCAGCGACGAUUCCUACCGCUGCCCAAAUCAUGAAUCGUGGGCAGAAGUAUGAGGACCAGUCUCUCAAGAGUCUCCAAUACCUUUUAUCUGCCACCUUUCGCCCUUUGGACAUUCUAAUUCAUGAGAUGUUCACUCAUGAAACAGGUAAUCCCAACCUAGAACGUUAUAGCACCAUGUUGCGAGAUAUUCGCCGUCUCCUACUCCAUGUUUGUUCGACAAUGACUCAACAGCGCAACAAUCUGGCUCUGCGGGUCAUUAACCCUUCAUUCCGCCUGGAGAAUGAUGCGGAAGUGAAUUACACCCUUCCUUUGGAUGAAUUCCAACAAACACUUGUCCAACAGACAGCUGCCCGAAAGGCAACCCGUGAAGCCACAGCAAAUCGCAGGCAACGUCGUUAUAAUCGCAACACACCCAUCUCUAGCUCUCCCUCCAACGGAUCGGAUCCUUCGUUUUUUCGAUCAGGUCCACCCUCGCAGCAGGGUGGUUUCAGCAACAACAACAGCAACAGCAACAACUUCACCAGCCAGUACAUCAACAAGGCCAACAACAACAACAACAAUUUCCAACAAAACGCCCACAAGAAAAACUCCAACCCUUUUCUAGGUGGUCGGCUCAGCAAACAUUCUCAACAAUGGACAAAUAUCACCAACAAUUCCUUUGUUAUCAACACAGUUCAACACGGCUAUCAUAUUCCCUUCCAUACAACACCUCCAACCACAACAAUACCAACAUCUAUUACCCCCUUUUCCGCAGACCAAGCUACUCUCAUCGACCAGGCCAUUCAAGACCUCUUGGACAAGUCAGCAAUCGAGAAGGUGUCUCCUCAUCAGGUACAACAGGUCCCAGGGUUUUACAGCUCAAUGUUUGUAAUUCCCAAGAAGAGCGGUGGCGUCCGCCCUGUCUUCAAUUUGAAGAACCUCAAUCAGUAUUUAGACGCACCUCAUUUCAAGAUGGAAACUAUCAGAGAAGUAUCUCUGAUGAUCAAACGGAACGACUAUCUCGUCUCCAUCGACUUAUCCGAUGCCUUCCUUCAUGUAGGACUUCAUCAGGACUCCAGGCGCUACUUACGUCUGAAAUGGAAGGAUCAGGUUUACCAGUAUUGUACAACCGCCUUUGGCUUGGCUUCCAGUCCUUUUGUCUUCACCAAAGAUCUCGGCGUACUUAGACGACUGGCUCUUAAUGGCGGACUCCAAGCAACUAGCGAUGGAACAGGCUCGACAGGUGGUCUCUUUAUUGCAGGAUCUAGGAUAAUUAAUCAACUUCCAGAAAUCGGUUCUCACUCCUACUCAACAGUUGGAACACCUCGGCUUUGUAUUGAAUACCAAGUCCAUGACAGCCCAACUCCCUGCAACCAAACUGAGGGACAUUCGUCGUUCAAUCAAGCAGGUACUCGACAAGCCGCAUCGGCAGUCUCCCAGGGUUAUUCACAGCCUGACAAUGAGGAUACAAGCGGCAACAUUUGCGAUAUUCCCAGCUCGUCUGUACACCCGUCACCUCUUAUUCUACAAGAAUCAGUCAGUGAAAUCAGACGUGGAUUGGGAUCGUCCUCGCCCGUUGGAUCAAGCAAGUCUGGAAGAACUUCAAUGGUGGUAUGCCAACAUCCGCAAGUGGAACGGUCGGUCAAUGCUCCCAUCAACGCCCAAUCAGACAAUGUUCGUGGACGCCAGCGAUACUGGAUGGGGUUGCUCAUGGAAGACUCAGCGGGCCCAUGGUUACUGGACAGCGGAAGAGGCAGCCCAAUCGAUCAACUGGAGGGAACUACAAGCUGCAUUCAUAGCCCUCAGAACUUUCCAUCUGCCGCCGAAUUCAACAGUGCUAAUCCGGACAGACAACACAACCAGCUUAUCCUACAUCAACAAGCAAGGCGGAACUCGUUCUCUUCCGCUGAUGGAAUUAGCAACACAGGUAUGGACAUGGUGUCUCCGCAAUCGCAUAAUGAUUCAGGCGCAACACAUCCAGGGCAUACACAACAGGAUCGCGGACUUCGAGUCUCGACGCCAGUAUUUCAAGAAUCAAUGGAUGAUCAAACCGCAGAUAUUUCAACAGAUACAGCAGGCUUGGGGACCUUUUUCCAUCGAUCUAUUCGCGGACAGGACUACGAAGUUGCUACCAAAGUACGUGUCAUGGAUGCCGGAUCCAGACGCUCUAUAUACGGAUGCGUUAUCGAUAACAUGGACCAACUUCCGGAAUCCCUUCGUAAAUCCUCCUUGGAAUCUCAUCACACGGGUAUUGAACAAGAUCAGGCAAGAACGACUUUCCUUGGUGACUCUGGUGGUUCCGUACUGGCCCAGUGCUCUGUGGUUCCCCCUCCUACAACGAUUGGCUCUUUCCCCGCCUUGGAUGUUGCCACCACAAGCGGUGCAGACAACAUCACCCAGGACUCCCCACCCAUUACUACAACAGAAUUGGAUGCUCUCCGUGUGGCAACUAUCAGGCAGCAAUUACUAAAGAAAAACCUCAAUGCACAAGCGGUUGAGGACUUGUUGGCAGCAAAGUUAGCUCCCACUGGGACUAACUUAAGCUAUCGCAAGAACCAGCUUCGUUUCCUAGAAUGGGCCACCAAGAAUGGAGUUUCCUUCACCUCGUUUACACCCGUCGAACUUGUUAACUUCCUCUCGGAUAUUCGCAGCCGCUACAACUUACAGGUCGCUACACUGAAAACUGUACGGGCUGCCGUAGCUCAUCUUCAUGAUGAACCAAAAGGUAUACGUGAGAGUGAACUGAUUAACUCUUACAUAGAUACCAUGAUGAAACAAGCACCUCCCGUUCCUAUACACCGACCCACAAUCGACAUCUCCCCCGCGCUGACCUAUGCCCGUUCUAUUGCUUCUCGAACAACUACUUCUAUCAAGUUAUUACAACAGAAGUUAGUCUUUCUGCUUGCUAUGGCGGCCUUCCUCCGACCCUCUGACCUAGCUCGUAUCCCGUAUAACUCCUGCUCUAUUACGGAUACUGGCUGUCUUACUUUACAAGUCGUGGCGCCUAAAGAGACUCGUCGCAAACGACGCAUCAUCAAGCCCUUUACGAUCCAUCCGCAUGCGUCCGACAUAGAACUAUGCCCAGUUCAGUGUUUCAAGGCUCUUCGUGCUCACCCUGGUCUGGCUUCUCGUCCUCCUGGUUCACAACUCUUUGUAAAGUCUCAUCUCAUCCAACAGCCCCUAUCGUCUUCAACCAUUUCCUCAUGGCUACAUCGUGACUUUAUUGCACUCUGCACUUCUGAACCUAAUGUUUCCAUCCGUUCACUAGCAUCCUCACGAGCGUUAGAUCUUGGGGUCUCUAGAGACGACAUCGUAACUCUCGGUAAUUGGACUUCCUCCUCAACCUUCGAAAACCAUUACCAACGUAAUCAGAUGGCUCAGGUGGACUUCACAUCAACGGUUCUUUCGGAUUCUCUUGACCAGUUCUUUGAUGCUCAUGAAGACUUUUCUCUGGAUUAG